AUGUCGAGCAGACGGCCACUUCUCCAUCCCAAGAAACUCAUCGGAGCAGCACACACCAAUUCAAUUCACACCCUGAAACACUAUUCAGAUUAUGCCCAAACUCUUACUCCAGAUUCGUUUUUGCUCGAAAAGAUUUUGUGGGCUCUAAAGAAAGGUCAGUCCAUUGACGUCCAUUUAUUCUAUCAGCUAAACCCAUCAAUAUUUACGGAAGUUCUUUAUAAAUGUCGGAAUAAUUUGCAAAUGGGUCAGAGGUUUAUCGAUUUUAUUGCGUUAAAUUACCCGAAUUUCCAGCAUUCUUCGCUGUCUUUUAGCGCCGCGGUACAUGUAUUAGUUAGGAGUAAAAGAACAUCCGAUGCUCAGGCUUUGAUUCUCAGGAUGGUUAGGAGGAGCGGAGCUUCGAGGACCGAGAUUGUGGAUUCAUUAGUGGAGAGUUAUGGGAACUGUGGGUCAAGUUUAUAUGUUUUUGAUUUGUUUAUCAGGACUUAUGUGCAAGCUAGGAAGUUAAGAGAUGCUGUGGAGGCCUUGCGCGCGCUAAAAUAUAGGAAUAUUUGUGUUUCCGUAAAUGCGUGUAAUAGUAUUCUCGGAGGACUUGUUAAAAUUGGGUGGGUCGAUUUGGCAAGAGAAGUGUACGUGGAGAUGGUACAUAUUAGGAAAGAUUUGAAUGUAUAUACGCUUAAUAUAAUGGUAAAUGUGUUUUGUAAAGAUGGGAAAAUUGAGAAAGCAAUUGACUUUUUAUCAGAAAUGGAAGAAAGAGGGAUUUUUGCAGAUAUAGUGACAUACAAUACUUUGAUUAGCAAAUACUGUCAUGAUGGACGCAUGGAAGAAGGUUUUGAGGUGAUGAAAUUGAUGGCAGAUAAGGGUCUGAAACCCGGUCUUCUGACUUACAAUCCUGUUGUCAAUGGUUUGUGUAAGAAGGGACAGUAUGGUAGAGCGAAAGAAGUUUUAAUUGAGAUGGUGCAGAUUGGGUUGAAUCCUGACACUGCCACUUAUAACACGUUGCUAUACGAGUGUUGUAGGAAGGAUGAUGUGGUGGAAGCCGAGGGUACUUUUAAUGAGAUGCUGCAUAUGAAUGCUGUCCCAGAUUUGGUUAGCUAUAGCUCGCUUAUUGGGUUGUUUUCAAGAAUUGGGAAUCUUGAUAGGGCAAUGGCUUACUUUAAGGAUAUGAAGUCGAAUGGUCUGAUUCCUGACAAUAUUGUUUAUACUAUUCUUAUUGGUGGCUUUUGUAGAAUUGGUGCUAUACCAGAUGCUAUGAAGAUACGUGAUGAAAUGAUGGAGAACGGUUGCCUCAUGGAUGUGGUGACUUACAAUACUAUUUUGAAUGGCUUGUGCAAAGAAAAGAUGCUUUCUGAGGCAGAUGUACUUUUCAAUGAGAUGGAGGAAAGGGGUGUAUUUCCUGACUUCUGCACAUAUACAACUCUAAUAAAUGGAUAUUGCAAGGUCGGGAACGUGAGUAAAGCAUUAGCUUUGUUCAGAUCUAUGUUUCAGAGAAAUCUCAAGCCUGAUGUGGUUACAUACAAUACCUUGAUUGAUGGAUUUUGUAAAGCAGGUGAAAUGGAAAGAGCCAUAGAAAUGACGGAUUAUAUGAUCUCAAAAACGAUAUAUCCUAACUGUAUUACAUACAGUGCUCUAAUAAAUGGAUUCUGUAGUAAUGGUCUUUUAUCUGAUGCAUUUAGGAUGUGGAAUGAGAUGGUCGAUAAAGGAAUUCAGCCCAGUAUCGUGACUUGUAACUCUCUUAUAAAAGGCUAUUGCAGGAACGGUGAUUCCAGAAAGGCGAAUGAGUUUCUAAAGAAGAUGAAGUCCAAAGGAGUUCUUCCUGAUUCUAUUACUUAUAACACUCUUAUACAUGGAUUUGUAAAGGAGGAGAACAUGGGAAAAGCUUAUGAUUUGAUAAAUCAAAUGGAAAAUGAAGGUUUAUUACCUGAUGUAAUUACAUAUAAUGUUGUUCUUGAUGGGUUUUGUAGACUAGGUCAGAUGCAAGGAGCCAAUAUGAUAUACAAGAAGAUGACUGAGAAGGGCAUAAGUCCUGAUAGAUAUACAUACACAUCAUUAAUAAAUGGUCAUGUCUCACAGGAAAACAUGACAGAAGCUUUUAAGAUCCACGAUGAAAUGCUGCAAAGGGGUUUUGUGCCUGAUGAUAAAUUUUAG